UCUGCAAAGCAGUAUGGCGUUGUGGCUGUUCUUUCAGAGAAUGUUCAAGUAGAAUUGUAGAAUUUGUAGAGGGGGAUUGAAUCAACCAAGAACCAUGAUUCUGUUUGAAUGAGUCCGCGAACGCAAGCUAGAGCACAGACACCCAGAAGACAGCUGAAAUCAAGGAGACAAAAUGACAACAUUCAGGUGCUCUCAGAUGAUGGCCUCAGUGCUUGCAAGAAGCGGCGGAAGGCUUGGAUAUCCGACCAACCGGAAUGGUCAAACAAAACACAGAAAUUCAUCAACACAAGCAGAACCUGAUCUACAAACUCCACAGCAACAGAGUUGCAGGAAUAGAAUGCAUGCUUGGCAAAUCCACGGCUUUGGAGGAAUUGAUCAGCUAAACUUGACUGACUCUGAGCGAAUUCCAAAAUUACUCCGACCAAAUGAAGUGAUUGUGCAGAUGAAAUUUACAUCAGUUAAUCCCAUUGACACUGCAAUGAUUGGAGGAUACGGAAGCGCAUUACUUGGAUUUGUGAGACAGGCUGAAGAGUUUGUCUUAAAGAAUGCUGAGUCAGAAAUCAGCUCUUUGGAAUUUCCAAUCACUUUAGGACGUGAUUUCGUUGGGGAAAUAGUUGAAUGUGGAACUCAAGUGAGGCACCUUCAAAUCGGCGAUGUUGUUUGUGGAGCUGUUCCCCCUUUUAACAAAGGCACCCACUCUCAAUACGUAGCUGCUUGUGCAAAUUAUGUGGUGAAAAAGCCAGAUUCUAUGGAAAACUGGGUUGCAGCUUGCAUCCCGUAUGCUGGACUUACUGCUUGGUCUGCGCUAUGGGCACCAUUUGCGGCACAGGUCUGGCCACAGACUAAGGUUUUAGUGCUUGGAGGCUCAGGAGGGGUUGGUUCAAUUGCUGUUCAAAUGCUGAGGGCUUGGGGAAGCAGGGUGGUAGCAACUUGCAAAACAGAUGCUGUCCCAACCUUGGAGUCAUUUGGUCUGGAAGCUGUUCUAGAUUACACAAGUCCUGAUUUUGCUAGAGAUGUUAAACUGUGCGGACCGUAUGACGUGAUUCUGAAUGCGGCCGGCCUUCCUGGCACACCCCACAUGGACAGUAUCAAAGAGUGGAAACUGGCUCGGUACAUCACCCUAUCUCCUCCACUUCUCAGCAACUCUGACAGUCUUGGUGUACCAUUUGGUACUGUGAAAAGUGUGUUAGACGCUUCAGCGAAAAAUUUUGAGUCCUUGAAGUCUAAGGGCGCGAUUACCCAGUGGGGAUUCUUUGCUCCUUCUCAAACUGGGCUGAAGCAAUUAAUGCGGCUAGUGAAUGAAGGGAAAGUGAAACCAUUGGUACACAAGAAGUUUAAGUUUUCCGAGCUUCCUCUUGCUUACAAAUGUCAGCAGGAAGGUCAUGUCAGAGGGAAGAUAAUAGUUGAAAUGGAUAUGUAAAUUUUAUAUGGUUAAAAAUAAAAUGCUUUAUUAAGA